UUUAUGCUUAAACACCAUCUCCUGCCUUUUAGGCUGGUAAAAAUGCUGCAGAGAUGGGUUAAAAUUAAUACUUGGGAGAGGAAAUUGUGUUUCCUCAUUUGAUGUAGUUCAGCUCUCUAACAAGUAGGGCUACAAGGUCCAGAGAAACUUAAGUUCAGUCUCCUUGGGGUUGUGGGGUGAUCUAAUGGAGAAAAACUGGGGAUAUCCUAGAGAGCCUUCUCAGAUGGCUGCAGUGGUGAAUCCAUCAGAAGUGGUGGGCUGACUGUGUGUUACACAUCUGCCAAUUUGAGAGGAAUGUGGAGCAGCUCUCCUAGUUCAAAGAGAAAUGAGAGAGACCAGUUUAUAUAUGCAUCUGUACAGAAGGGAUGUUAAUUUGUCUCCUGCAAGAUGGAGACAAAAAUGGGAAGAUAAUUCCUUCAAAAACCUCCGGUGGUUGCAGUCAACGUUUAUACCGCACUGACAAGAGUCUUCUCAUUUCCCAUAUGAAAAACUGAAGCAUAGAGAGUUUCCUUGUGGCAGACCAUCCACCGUGGGAUAGCUGAGAGAAAAAUCAUGGCCCAUUGUUCUGUCUCCUGAGCUCAGUGCUUCAAUUAAAUUGAUAGGAGACAUGUUAUUUAUUGAUUUAACUCAGUAAAACUACUAGUGUUCAGGAGAAAAUACAAGGCAGUUGUAAAUGUCACUUGUUUUACAGGCAGAUUCAUCCCGUAUUGCUCAAGUGAUGUUUGGAGCGGUGCCUCUUCCAAGUCUGAGAAAAAUGAAUAUGCCUUCAUGGGAGCACUGAUCAUUCAGGAGGUUAUAAAGGAGCUGGUGGGAAAAGGUCUGAGCACUGCAAAAGUGUUGCUGCUAGCAGGGAGCAGUGCUGGAGGGACAGGAGUGCUCCUGAACGUGGACCGAGUGGCAGAGCAGCUGGAGGAGAUGGGUUAUCAAGGGAUUCAGGUUCGAGGCUUGGCAGACUCUGGAUGGUUCUUGGAUAACAAACAGUAUCGCAGAACCGACUGUAUCGAUACCAUCACGUGUGCUCCAACAGAGGCCAUCAGGAGAGGAAUAAGAUACUGGAAUGGCAUUGUUCCUGAACGCUGUAGGCUGCAGUUUAAAGAGGGAGAGGAAUGGAAUUGCUUUUUUGGAUAUAAGAUUUACCCCACUCUUCGAUGUCCAGUCUUUGUUGUCCAGUGGCUCUUUGAUGAGGCCCAGCUUACUGUAGACAAUGUACACCUCACUGGCCAGCCUGUUCAAGAAGGGCAGUGGCUCUACAUCCAGAAUCUGGGUAGAGAGCUGAGAAACACCUUGAAGGAUGUGACUGCGAGCUUUGCUCCUGCCUGUUUGUCCCACGAGAUCAUCACACGCAAUCACUGGACUGACAUCCAGGUGAAGGGGACGUCGUUACCCCGUGCCCUGCACUGCUGGGAUCGGAGCCUGCACGAGAGCAACAAAAACGGGAAGGCCCCUCUGAAAGGCUGCCCAAUUCACCUGAUUGACAGCUGUCCAUGGCCUCACUGCAACCCCUCGUGCCCCACAAUCAGGGACCAGUUCACAGGGCAGGAGAUGAAUGUGAUCCAGUUCCUCAUGCACAUGGGGUUUGAUGUUCAGAAGAUGGCACAGCAGCAGGGCCUGGAGCCCAGUAAACUCCUGGGGAUGCUCAGCAGUGAUAACUAGGGAGGGCUUGUCAGAGGGGCAGAGAUUAGAUCAGGAGGAGAGAGACUCUCAGCCCUUCUCCCACACUUUCUAAUCUUCUUCCUUGCGCUCCUGCAGGCAGACGCACGCUCACAUCCAGGCACGCUCCCACUGUGCACACCCACGGGCUCCCACGCUCUUGCACACUCCAGGGUGUGCCAAGAACAAAACAAAAAAAAAGGCAAUUUCUUGCUUACGCUGUUUGGCUGGAACUCGUUCCCUCCAAACUCCAGGGCUGAGUCUCAGCCAGUCACAUCCUCUUCCUGUGUUACACAAGGCAAUUGGAUACAGGGAGUAGCAAAGCCAUAAAUAGCAGCGAUGAGAACCUUUCCCAGAUCUGGGACGUCUUCCCUUGCCAUGAAUUUUACAUCAUAGACUUGAUACAAGUGGUGUAAAAAGCAAGCACUGGAUUUCUUCUGUCCAACUAGAAGUGAAGGAAUGAUUACAUGACUUCCUGGAGGUCAGCAUCUCAUGCUGAGUCACAGUGUACAGACCCAGGACACGUGCUAGGGAUGGACACUCUUGUACUCAAUUUAUUCGUAUUAUUUUAUAAAAUGACUUUUUUAUUACUUUUUUUUAACUAAGCAAGAAAUAUAAAUGAUAUUGUUUUGUAACAUAUUUUUUUUAAAUAACGAAGAAACCUCUUGCUACUUUGGCAACGUGGACAUAUUUAUUUUAAUAUGUAAAAUGCUAUUUAUAAGGGCUGACCAGAGAACCAUACCUAUGUCUUUGUAAAGUUGUAUAUGCUGCUCAUUUGGAUGGGUUAUCCUGAUGGUCACUUGUGCCUGGGAGAGGGCUAUGGGUGGUGUUGACAAAUUUUUAUUAAUUAGACUUCUGUGUUCCCCUUGCA